GCAUCCCCUUGGAUGGACUCGCGAAAAACGCCUAAUAAGAUCGACCUCUACGACGUCCGGCGGCGACCGUGGUACAUCCAGGGGGCAGCGUCUCCAAAGGACAUGCUGAUCUUAGUGGAUGCGAGUGGCAGUGUCUCUGGUCUCACCCUCAAGCUAAUCCACACCUCUGUCAACGAGAUGCUGGAGACCCUGUCUGACGAUGACUACGUCAAUGUGGUCUAUUUCAAUGAUAAAGCGAUGAAGGCAGCGUGCUUUCAGAACCUGGUACAGGCCAACGUGAGGAACAAGAGGUUCCUGAAGGAUGCUGUGCGGAACAUCUCAGCCAAGGGCAUCACCAACUAUAAAGGCGGCUUCGAGUUGGCCUUCGAGCAGCUCUCAUCGUUGAACGUGACCCAGGGCAGGGCGUUGUGUAACAAGAUCAUCAUGCUGUUCACUGACGGAGGAGAGGAGAGGGCCCAGGAGAUCUUCCAGAAGUAUAACGCUGACAAAAAGGUGCGGAUAUUCACGUUCUCAGUGGGCCAACACAACUAUGACAAAGGACCAAUCCAGUGGAUGGCCUGCACCAACAAAGGGUACUAUUAUGAAAUCCCCUCCAUCGGUGCUAUCAGGAUCAACACUCAGGAGUAUCUGGAUGUACUGGGAAGGCCCAUGGUCAAAGCAAACAACAAGGCCAAGCAGGUUCAAUGGACCAACGUUUACCAGGACGCGCUGGAGCUGGGUCUGGUGAUCACAGGAACACUUCCAGUCUUCAACAAGACCAACACCAAAGCUGACAAAGAGAGGGGGCUACAGAGGCCCCAAAACCAGCUGAUCCUGGGAGUGAUGGCUAUCGAUGUGUCUCUGGACGACAUCAAAAGAUUAACACCAAGAUUUACAUUUGGACCAAAUGGUUAUUACUUUGCCAUUGACCCCAACGGUUACGUCUUGCUGCAUCCCAACCUCUGCCCAAAGAAUCCUAAAUUUCAGGAGCCUGUAACUCUGGACUUCCUGGACGCUGAGCUGGAGGAUGAGAUUAAAGUAGAGAUAAGAACGAACAUGAUUCAUGGAGAAACCGGCCACCGCACCGUACACACACUAGUGAAGUCCCAGGAUGAGCGGUACAUAGACCGAAGCGAAAGAUCGUACACAUAUGCCCCUGUAAAGGGUACAGAUUACAGUCUAGCCUUGGUCCUUCCAGUGUACAGCCUGCAUUACAUCCACACUACUAUCGGAGACACCAUCACCCAGGCCAAAUUGGAAUUGGGGGACGAGGUCUCUGAAAGCCUGCAGGAAGACAAGUUUGAGGAGUAUGGAUACACUCUCAUUGCACCAAGGGAGUACUGUAAGGAUCUGAAGCCGUCUAAAAACAACACAGAGUUCCUGAUGGACUUCAACGAGUACAUCGACAGGAAGACUCCCAACAACCCACUGUGCAAUGUGAAUCUGGUGAACAGAUUGUUGCUGGACGCUGGCAUCACAUCAGACCUCGUUAAGCAGUGGAGAGAUCAGAUGCCAAAUGGAGUCCUGGCUAGGUUUGUGGCCACUGAUGGAGGAAUCACUCGCAUUUAUCCCAAGAGUGCUGGACUAGACUGGACAGAAGACCCAGAGACGUACGAGUCAAGCUUCUAUAAGAGAAGUCUGGACAAUGACAUCUACAUCUUCACACCAACACCCUACCAGGAGGACACCAACAUGACUGAGGACUCAGUCCUGGUGAGCAGAGCAGUGAACCUGGACAUUGAUGGAGUCAGACUCAAACCAGCAGUUGUGGGAGUGAAACUGGACAUCAAUACUUGGAUGACCAACUUCAUCAAUGCUACUCUGAAGAUGAACUGUAAGGACGAGAUCUGUGGUUGUCAGAGGAAUGAUGAGCAUGUGGACUGUGUCAUCCUGGAUGAUGGGGGAUUCCUAGUCAUGGCCAAUCGGGAUGAAUACAUCGGUCAGAUCGGCCAGUUCUUCGGGAUGAUCGACCCUAUCCUCAUGGUCAACCUGGUCAACAUGUCUCUGUUCACGCUCAACAAGACAUACGACUACCAGUCGGUCUGCGACCCCAAGAGGGAGAGCAAGGGGUCCGCGGCGGGCCUGCGCUCAGUCUACGUGCCCACCAUAGCAGACAUUUUGAACGUUGGAUGGUUAGCAUCAGCAGCAGCCUGGUCGAUACUACAGCAAUUAUUGGUUAGCAUAGCAUUCCCUAAUUUCCUGCAUGCAGCAGACACUGAUGACGAAAUACCUGACAUGUCCAAGGAGAGCUGUAUCACGGAGCAGACUCAAUACUUCUAUGACAAUGAGGAAAAGUCCUUCAGAGGAACACUAGACUGUGAAAACUGCUCCAGGAUGUUCCAUGCUGAGAAGCUGUGGAAGACCAACCUGGUGUUCGUCAUCGCCGACGCCAAGCUCACCUGCAUGUCAUGUGACCACAAGCCCUUAAUACAGGCCGAGCAGCCUUCUGAGGGACCAGACCCAUGUGAAAUGGCUGAGAAACCAAGGUUCCGAAAAGGUCCAGAUGCCUGUUUCGACAACAACGAGAGGGAGGAGGACUUUGACUGUGGUGGAGCGUCCGCUCUGAGCCCAUCCCUGUUGGCCAUGGUGGCGCUGCAGCUGGCCCUGCUCUGGCUCCUGGCCGGCUCAACUCACCACGCCGUCCCCUCGUGACCUCUGAAGACCUCGGUUGCCCCCGGCAACCGGCAUGCAACGCCGCCUCAAAACGCCGAACGCUAAAACAAAAAAACAUCUGAAACCACUUCCUGACAGAUCUUCUUUUGGGAUAUUUGCGUUUUUCAAGGGUUUCGUUACAUUUCUUCACCCAGGGGUGGGAGAAAGUGAGGAAAGUUAACAUCGGCGGGAUGUAAAAAAAAAUCGAAGCGAGAACUUUCAUCCCUGACCCCUGACCCCUGACUUUUCCCCUCCAGCCAUCUAAGCUUCCAGCCAUCUAAGCUUAGGGAGAUCGAGGUGAUUGAGUGGUGAACUUUGACCUUUGUUUGGCUCGACGAUGACAACCCUGCGAAUGCUACAGGUUGGACUGCCUUACAGUGCCAGGGGGAAAGUGAAAGGACUGCCUCUUCCUUUUGGGUUCCUUUUAGGUUUUUGGGUUUUUUGUGAUGUUCUAAAAGAGAUCCCCGUUGAUUUUUAUUCAACACUGCCAGAAACAGUGCUGCCCUUCGCAACAGUCCCGUUGUGUUUGUCACAACGUUAUUUAUUUAUUUCUAAACGUUUUGCAGUGGCUUGUUACUCAGUAUUGAAAUGUGUGUUUGUUUUGUUCAAAUUGCAAUAAGUUGUUUAAUAGGAAGUCAGAAAUCAGAAUGUUUUUUAUUUUACACUGGGGUGCUGUUGGCAUUAUUCUGUUCGUUUCAACUCCCAUUUAAAAGUAGCAACACAUUUACAUUCACGCUGCUGUCCUUGUAUAGAUGUGGUGUACAACGAUCAUAUUCAUUCACAUACAUGUGGUCACAUAUGAACCCUUUUGCCCCCACUUCUGUUUGCGGUCAACCACUUCUCCCUCAACCUUGACCACAAAUGGUCAAUGUCGGGUCCUACCAUCUUGGUAUCUGGUCCCUCUGAACUAACCAUCAUUGCCAAAGUGCAAUUGACCAAUCAGGGCACCCCGGCUGGCCUCUAGUGCGCUCAUUGGUCUAAUCUCUAGUGCCAUGUUGAUUGUUAGUCAGACAAACCCUUUAGCUUUAUUUAUUUGACUGUGUGGCUACUGACCUGAAGGAAACUUGAUGUGUUUGGUAUUUAGUUGAAUAUUUCAGUUUGUUUUAGUGUUUUAUUAGAAUGAAGAGCGUAGCUGCAUGCUAGUGUGUAAUGUUGACUUUAAUGCCAUUCUUUGUUGAUUGAUUUCAAUGUGUCAAUGCAAUGGAUAUAAAAUGAAGAGAAAGAGUAGGGGGGGAUGUAGGAAAUGUAGACUUGGUACAUGACAGUUUAAUGGGGCUCAUGUAUCACUUCUUGAUUUGAGUAUCGUUGAAUAUGUGACUUGCAACUACAAGGAUCUGUCUUUCUCACAAUGUUCUGCUCGCUAUUGAAGAGAACAUUUCCCCAAAUCAAAAACGAUUGCACCUCGUUGCAAAGUGAAUUUCCCCCUUAAAACCUAAAUUGCUUUAAGACCUAUUGGAUCAAUCAAUACACGCCAAUCUAAAUUCAUUCAUAUCAGUGUGGAUAUCAGUUCUGUUAUACUUUCUUCGUUUUUGUGUGCCUUGUGGUUCUGGUACUUUAAUAACUUUAUGAAUUAGAGAUUCAAGACAGAUUGACAAUAGGAUACUGUCUUUCUGAGUGUACUAUACUAUGGUAUACACCUGCUAACUCAUUUCCCCACAAGAACAGCUACCAACAUACUACAUGAGAAAUAACAGAAAUGUGCCUCGUCAAUCAUCCUAGCCAAAUGAUUAUGCAGUGGAAUAACUUUGAGUGAAAGAGACAUAAGGUUAAGUUUCUUUAUUCAACGUUGUAGAAAAACGGUUUUAUUAAAACGCGGUUUUAUUAUCAUGUCAGAAUAUCAACAAUUCCUCUCUAAAUUGAUUGUAUUCGUUUAAUUUUUGAACAUGGUUCAAAAGAGGGACAUGGUAGAUAUGCUGUGCUUUUUCUUUGUGGUGCAAUUCAGCUUGUUUGACUGGGACGUGAUCUGAUGGUCGAUUUAGUGUUACUGAUCUGUUGUAGAGCAAAUAGAGAGGAGUUCCUGGCACUGAAUUGACCUCUUAAGCACUAAACAAGAUCAUUUCAGACCAUCGAUUCGAUAACAAUUGACAAUCAUAGUUUCCGAUAACUUAAGACUAGUAUUUGUAAUAAUUCAUUGAAUUAAUUGCUGUAAAUGACAAUGCAAAGAACUGCCAAAACAGGGACUUUAAAGGAGCCUUGGGGUAAUGUCAGAAACAUUCACACAUUGUUUCCUUUGAAAACAGAGGCAUAUGGACUCAGGAAACCACAUAGUCAAUUCAGGGUAGAGUUGGGAAACUACAUGAUUACGCUGUGUGGUCUCUAGUGCCAUUCAAAUACUUCUCCCACACAUCAUUAUCAUUGCUUCAAUUAGAAUUACAAAGCGUUCUUACGUCAACCAGAAUAAAAAUCCAUCUGGACUUUUUCCAUUUCUCUGAAACACUGAAGAGGAAGGGGACUUUUGUUAUGAUCCCAGUCUUAAGCUAUGAUUAUUUGCCAAUAUGUUAUGUGGCGAAACUCGAGCACCAUCACCAAAGGCGGAUUGCUGUCAUGUGAGGUGACAUUUAUGGUCCCGUAUUGGUUGUUUCAAUGUUCUGUGGGGAAACUAACUAACAUCCUGUAUUUAAGACCCUCAAUAUCUAAGAACAUUCAAGAAUAUCAAGUGCCAUAGGACUCUCUUUCUCUGUUUACCGGGAAACCUAUUACUAACGUUUAUGCAACGUUUAGGAUUGAAUAAGUGCAAAUCUCAUCUAUUUUCCCUGUGUUGCAUGAUAAUGCCAUGAUACUGUAUCAGUGGCAGGCAAUGAGAUAAAGUACCCUCUAUCUUC